AUGGUGGAAGUUCUUUUUAGGCAUUCAAAGGCUCAACCUGGAACCUCACAGAGUGGCGGGUUGAAUCCUGUGUGGGAGAUGUUGAAGAUGACUAAUAAGGAAGAAAACGCAGCGUUGCAUGAGGCAGUGCAGUAUGGAAGCUUGGAAGUGGUGAAGUUAUGGGAAACCCCACUUUACCUUGCUGCAGCUAGAGGAUCUCCGGAGAUGGUGGUUGCAAUAUUAGGAAGCUGCAGAGCGGUGGCCCACGAAGGACCCGGUGGAAAGACAGCUUUGCACGCGGCAGCCAUGAGCAGAAAUUCUGGAAAUACUCCACAGCUGAUUCAAGACACUGUCCAGAAGCUUAACACUCAAUUUGCUUUGAAAAUUCUUGGCUCUUUAAAAUACUUUUUGGGUUUUGAGGUUACCCGAGAUGCAUCUGGUCUUUACAUGAAUCAAGAAAAGUAUGCAAAGGACAUUCUCAUGAAAACCAAAAUGGUUGAUUGCAAACCAUGUUCUACUCCAAUGGCAGUUGGCUCUAAACUCACCCCUGAUGACAGUGAUCCAUUUGACAAUCCUGCUCUUUACCGCAGUACCAUUGGAGCCUUGCAAUAUCUUAUCCUAUCCAGACCAGACAUUGCUUAUUCAAUUAACAAACUGAGCCAGUUUUUAAAGGCACCAACACAGCUCCACUGGCAGGCUUGUAAGAGGCUUCUGAGAUAUAUUAAAGGAACUUCUAAUUAUGGAGUUCACUUCACUAAAAGUCACAUGUUUCAGCUGGAGUGUUUCACUAAUGCUGAUUGGGCCAGCAGCUUGCAUGACAGAAGAUCAACCAGUGGCUGCUGUGUGUUCCUUGGAUCCAACUUAAUUCAGUGGUUUUCUAGAAAACAAAGAGUUAUUGCUAUGUCAUCUACUGAAGCAGAGUAUCGAGCUCUUGCACAAGGAUCAACUGAGAUUGUCUGGUUUUGCAGUCUGUUCACUAAGCUUGGACUACAUUAUGGUAUUCCUAUCAUUUGGUGUGACAACCAGAGUGCUGGUUCCUUAGCCUCAAAUCAUGUGUUUCAUGGCAGGACAAAACACAUUGAGCUUGAUGCUCAUUAUCUGGGAAAUCAAGUUAUUGACAACAAACUGAAAGUUCAGUAUGUUCCUACUGAAUUUCAGAAGGCAGAUGUUCUUGCUAAAGCAUUGCCAGCUUCCAAGUUUGUAACAUUUCGAGAUGUCAAAGCUACUCCAUCAGUCUCAUCAAUCUACUGCAGAUGUUCUGUGUUACUUUUGCAGGGUUAA